AUGGGGUCUGAACAAAACAAUAGUACAAGCUUCACGCAAUCUUCAAAGCCAAAGCUAUGUGCAAUGGCAUGUGGUUUCUUUGGAUCACCAUCAAACAUGGAUCUAUGUUCUAAAUGUUACAGAUCCAUAUGUGCAGAAGAAGCUCAAACAGCUACAAUGUAUAGCUACAUGGAAGAAGCUCAAAGAGUAGUGACCAAAAGAAGAGAAGAAGUUCAAAGAGCUGUUGCUGCAAAAGAAGCUGCAGCCAAAAAGUCUUUGGAGCCUUCUAGUCUCUUCAUUGCAGAACCCGAACCAGAACCAGCCUUGCAAACCGAACAAGAAGAAGAAAAAACCGUUGUGGUUGCAUUGUCCAAAUUGGAACUCUCUGAAAAACCGUGA